ACCAUCAAUUGGAAACAGUUUGUCAUUUAUGUUUGAUCCCUUUGUUGUUGCUUAGAGUUGAUGUUUGUUUUUGUUGUCAAUUUGAAAGGAAUCAAUUGUUACCUGUCAAUUGUGUGUUGAUCAAUUUCUCUCGUUUGUUUUGUUUUAAAUGAAGAAUUUAAAUUACUCGAUAAAUUGACAUUCGUUCCGUUCAGUUGUUCAAUGGCUCGAUUGGAACACAAUGGUUCAGCUGAUGGUGGAAGUGGCGGAGGAAACAUCGGUUUACCAGUAACUCAGCUUGACUUUGAACAAGCGAUGAGAGAUUUCAAAACAAUGUUCCCAAUGAUGGAAGCUGAUGUGAUCGAGAUGGUGUUGAGGUCAAAUAAUGGUGCCGUCGAUGUGACGAUCGAUCAGUUAUUGGCUAUGACAGGUGAAAAUGAGGCAAAAAAGCAGCUUAAACCUCCUCUUCCUAUUCCAGCUUCUCAGCAAAAUUUAUCAUCGGCAAGUCUCAUGGGUGAUAAAAGUGAUUCUCCCCUUGAUCUGUUUACUGGCCGUCUUAAUAACACCGGUUUCACUCCUCCGCCGAGUUAUCAACAGGCUGUUCCUGUUGGAGGGGAUAGAGUUUCAAGUGAUCGAUCAUUUUGUCAGCAACCUCGAUACGAUAUAAAAGAUACUUUUGGUACAGUGGGAAGAGGAAUCGGAGAUGACAGUUUGAGAUCAAAAUUCAACUGGAAUCCUCCGUUGAUCGGUCGUUUGCCUGAUACUUUUCUCCGUCUUAAUGAUUACGGUGGUGGAUUAAAUCGUCGAGCACCAGCAGCUUUUGGAUUUCAAACCUUAAGUUCAGCCGAUCUGAAGCAAAAGAUGGCUGAAAAUGAGAGACAAAGGCAACUUUCAAAAGACAUUGAAGAUUCGGAAACAGCUCAAUAUUUGGAAGAUGAAAGAAUUGCCAUAUUUCUUCAGAAUGAAGAGUUUGUCCGUGAACUUCGACGGAACAAAGAUUUCAUGUCCACUCUGAACAUGGACGCACAAUCGUCUGGACGAAUGGGUGAGAAUGCGGGUCUACCCGAAGGCCCAUCGGUGCCUUGUCAUGAAGAUGAUGCCGCUUUCAAAGAGAAGCUCAGGAACAUGGGGAAAGCAUCCAAACGAAAAUACCAAUUCGCCAAACUGUUCUCUCGACGUCGUGCCAGUUUCCCCCACCUUCUCGGGUCCCACGGAGAUACAAGUAACACCGGACGCGAGAAUCUCUUCUCCGAUGAUACCUACACCCAAUUGGAAAACGAAGGAUCUGACACCGAAAGUAUUAAUCGAACUUAUUUCGAAACAUAUCCCGAUGAAGAAGAAAUAAGUCGUCGAAAUGCAACACCAAGUAAAAAUCGAAACACUUCCAAGAAUAGUUAGUUAAUUGUCUUGGAAUAAAAGAAUCAAGUAAAUCACGGAGGCAAUUAAAUCGAAUAAGAAUCUUUCAUCAACGCAUUUAAAAUGGUCCAAAAAUUAAAUUGCUUCGCAAAGUAAAUAACGAAAACCCUUUUGCCAGAUCUCUUCUCAUCUGAUUAAUCAACGAUGAUUUUAACGAAGAAAAUUUAAUUCUACCAAUUAAUCAACUAAAUGAUAAAUCACAACCAAUUGCUAUUCAAGACCAAAACUUGACCAAUCUCAUUUAAAAUGGAAUCACAAUUGGAUCGCUCAAUCAAUUGAUGACAAAUAAUCAAGAUCCUAAUUUUUAUCCUAAUCUUAACCUUCAUCAUAAUUAAAUCCAGAUCUGAUUAAAUCAAAGUGAACAAAAUUUACGAGAUUAACGAGACUUCAAACGGAAGAUAAUUUAUAAAUCAACCAAUGUAACCAUCGGUCUCAAGGUGAAUUUAAUUGCUGGGAAUCAAGAGGAAAACAAAAUUGGUAUAUUUCCAUAGGUAAACUAAUCAACUAAUCCAAUGACCAGUAAAGCAAAUCAACUAAUUGGCCAUAAUUGUGCAAGUAAUUAAAAGGAGCACAAUCAAUUGCAUCCCUAAUAAGUUGUGCAUUAACAUAAAAACUUAUUUACAUGUAUUAUUAUUAAUUUAAUUGUUCUAAUUUAAUCUGUUUCUAACCAUUUUAAAAGUGAUCAUUUAAUAAAAUUAACCAAUUGACAAGAAUCCUAAAUUUAAUUAGUCUCUGUAAUGAUAAUAUAAUUGUAAUAAUACAGUAGAUAUACAUUCAAUUAAAUAAUAAAUGAUUAAUUUUACAACUUUUUGUAACACAUAAA